GUACUACACAAAAAACAUCAUGUCGUUCUCUGCUUAAGCAUCCUUCUCCUCGUCUCACCUCUGGCCCUCUCUGAUCGAUCUUUUUCUGCGUACUCUGAAGUCCGAAGAAAUAAACCACUACAUGUUCUUAACAAACAAUACAGUGAGGUUAGAAAGAGAGGAAAAAUGGUGCGGGCUGUAACUGAAUCAAGCUUAUGGAGCAAAAGGGAAAACCAAAUUGCUGUUUUAAUUAUGAAGAAGGGUGCAAUGCCAGCACGAUCGUCUUAUAAUUUGGAUGUGAGCAAAGUAACACAAUUAGUUGAUUGCCGGGCACUUUCGUGGAUUUGGGGGGAGAAAGUUAACAAGAGAAGCUGCAAUGAUUCUCUUUAUUCUAAUUGUUGCAUCAGUACUGACGAUUACAUCAGUCGACUACCUGAUGAUGUUCUGGUUACCAUUCUCUAACGGCCCUGCAUUUGAUAUCUGUGGAAGUGACUGGAAAAGUUAUUGAGCACCUUUUAUCUAAUUCUUUAUUCCUUGAAGGGUUACAUGUGGAACGUCCAUCAUGCCUGGGUGAUCUGAAAGUUUCUAGUUCUUCUGUGAAGUUAAAAUACUUGGUUUUAGCUUAUAAUCUCGUGGAAAAUGUUGAGAUAUCUGCCAAAGAUCUUGUUUCUUUGAAGUAUCAUGGGAGAAAGACAAACAUGUCUCUUACGGAUGUUCCUCGACUAACCGAGGUAUCAGUUGGGGGACCUUACUGUGAUCAUCUAUUAAAAGAUAUGUUAUCAGAUUUUUCAAGUUAUCUUUGUCAACUGGAAGAGCUUUCAUUGUGCCGAGGGUUUAAGGCUUUUGAUGAUUACCUUAACUUUUUGGAAUUUCAGAUGAAUUGGGGCAUUCCAAUCCAGAAAUUCUCUGGACUAAACAAUCUUAAGCAAAUGCAGUUGACUUUAGAUGUGUUUGAUGAGGAGGGCCUUCUCUAUUCCCGCUCUUUGAUAGAAGCUUCUCCCUCAUUACAUAGAUUAUCGCUGCAGUUACGACCAAGACCUAAAGAAAUGUUUGGGGAGAUGACAUGGAGGUCUAUUGGGGGCCAAAAACAUCAAUCCCUGAAGGUGGUGGAAAUUGUUGGGUUUACAGAUCUUACUUGUGAUCUUGAACUUGCCCUAGACUUAGUCAAGUAUGCCAUGUCUCUUCAAAAAUUGAUAAUUGAUCCGCGACAGUUGUUUUGGUUGGAAGAGGAGUCGAGCUCCAAUGAAGACACAAGGGAACUGGAGGCUGCCAGAAAUCGACAAAUCGUGCCCAAAACAUGCAAGCAAAAUUACCUUCACGAGUUGAAUUGGAAAUACUUUAAUCUUUCAUGGUUUUUUUUUAGUUAUGUAUUUAUAAAGCUUGGUAACAGCAAAAGCUGUUUAAUUUGAAAUUUGAGCUUGUGAUAACUCGCAAGCAACUGUCUACCUGGUGACACAGGGUUUCUAUAUACAUAGUUGGGUUCGAGAUUUCA